UCUUUUUAUUUGAAACAAUUGAUCAAUAUACUACGUAACGCAGAAUGCAUUUGCUUGUGAUCUGAAAUAUCUACUUACUAAAGAAACAGUAAAAAUAUUCUUUACACGGUACAGCUACAAUUGAACGCUCCCUGGAAAACACGGUGUAACCCUUUCUUUCAUAUUCUGCAGAAACGACACUCGCCAGACUGAACUACUUCGAAAGGUAUUUUACAAAAUGGAGCAAUAAUUUUACGAAUUCGCAAUUGAACCAUCCUCCCUAGAAUUUUCUUUAUUAUAACUUCGCAGCUGACGUAGAAUCGUAAGGGUGCUCGAUGACAUAUAGUUAAGCGAUUACGGUUCAAUAAAAUAUGAGUCGAAUAGCACGAUGCUAUGACAGAAAGAUAGGGAUAAGAUCAACAGAAUGUUUCCCGACCUGUUCGAGCAUUCAGUAAAAAUAAUGACAUCGAAGAAUAAAGACUUUGCUAGCGCGAUGAGACCGUUCAAGAUUCUCUCCUGGUCGAUGGGCAUUUGGCCUCUUCAAGUUUACAAUUCGUUCGCCUUUAUACGUUACCUUUUCGUAGUCGGCAUUUUGUUAUUAAUGAUAGUGAUCCUGAACACAGAACUGUAUCUGGAUGGAAGCGACGCCGAAGCGAAUCUGGAUGCUUUAAUGAUGACCGGAUGUAGUGUUUUAGCAGUAUCGAAGGUGAUAUGUUUCCGACUCUACUCUUCGAGAUUGAUCAUCAAUUUUUCCUCGGCUGCGGAAGAUUACAACGAGCUCGACAACGACAACUAUGACGACAAAAAGAAACGAACGAUCAUGCGACGACACGCGUACAUGGCCAAAGUAACGCUUAUUAGUCUGGUACUUUCCGCAAAUUUCUGUGCAGCUAUCUUUGCCAUUUUGCCUGUAUUGUUAAGUAACGAAGAGGAGAGCAACGUGACCGUGGAAGAUACAGUGACAUACCCUAUGCCUUCGGCACACGUUAUAGAGCUGGUAAAGUUUCCAGAGAGUCUACAACUGAUCGUUUUCUUUACGGAAUUCUUGAUGUUGGUGGUCACCACUAUCGGAAACCAAGGCAGCGAUGGUCUUUUCUUUGGUAUCGUUUUUCACCUGUGCGGUCAAGCAGAAAUACUGAAAAUAAAGUUUAGCAAAGCGAUCGACGACGGUGAUAGAGGUGCAGAAAAUUUGCAUUUGUUAAUCAACAGACACGAUUAUUUAUUGAAAUUGAGCGUGAUGCUGAAUGAUACAAUCAGUUUGGUUUUGGCUAUGCAACUGCUAGUCAGUUGUAUACUUAUUUGUACGUGCGGAUUUCAGUUCAUUCUUUCGCUGCACGAUGGAAAUGUUGUGAUGGUGAUAAAAACGUUCAUCAUACUGAGCACUUUGAUGAUACAACUGUUCGCGUACAGUUACUUGGGUAAUUACUUGAAGUGCCAAAUGGAUGAUAUAGGAUACUCUUCGUACGAUUGCAGCUGGUACAAACUUCCAACAAACGUGGCCAUGGUUAUUGUAAUCGUGAUCCUAAAAGCUCAGAAACCGGUUCAUCUAAUGGCUGGAAAGUUCUUCGUCGUCAAUCUGGAGGGUUUUAUGAGCAUUCUGAAGACUUCGAUGUCAUAUUUGUCGGUACUACGCGUAAUGAUAAACACAUGAUUCUUCUGUCUUAGUUGUCGAGCAUGUGCUUUGGGUGCUCGAGGCAAUUCAAUCAAAAGAAGUAAGUACGGUAUAAUGUAGAGAUUUAAGGAGCUAUGUAAAUGUAAUAAAGUAUCACCGCGAAUCGUGGCUUUUCUAAUCUACCAAGCGGUCUUAAGUCGUCACGGAGGCUUGGAAAUUAUAAUAGCAGUAUAGUAAAGCAGGCGUUAGGUAAACACGCGCAAUGCUGUUUUGCAUUUGCGAUGCAUUAUAGUGAAUUCGUUUGCAAACGGCGAUUGCAAAAUUUGCCUCCUCGAGUGCGGCAACAAGAAUAGCAUGAUCUUGACCCAGUACCAGGGUCUUCGCGCUUUUGGAUACAUUUCAAAGGUCGAUCACGCGAGACCAGAAAUAUUUGUUCGACCCUGGAUCAAUGGAAAAGAGAAACAAUACAAUAAUUUUUAACAAAAAAUACAACCGACUUCAAAAUGCGCUAAAAAGUAUACAAUAAUUUAUGUUUCCUUUAUACAAUUGCGUAACAAUUAUUAAUGGAACCUCUUGCUACAUUAACAAAAUGCCCUAAAAUGUAUAAAAUAACUUCUGUUUCAUUUAUACCAAUACUCCGCAGCUAUUAAAGAAACCUAUUUAAUCGUUAAAUAUUAUACUAAAUACAUUUCUACCUUUUCGGAGGCGGCGCAAAAUUAAAAACAUUUCUUCUACUAGGACGAUCCCAGUUCAGGCGUCGGUAGCCUAUGACUUGCGGGUCACCAAGUGAUCUAUUUCAUAAUUUCAGGUAAACAAUUGUUUACUUGGUUUCAUUAAUAGCUGUGAAGUAUUGGUAUAAAUGAAACAGAAGUUAUUUUAUACCUUUUAGCGAAUUUUGUUAAUGUAGUAAGAGGUUCCAUUAAUAAUUGUUACGCUGUUGUAUAAACGAAACAUAAAUUAUUUUAUACUUUUCAGCGCAUUUUGAAGUCGGUUGUAUUUUUUGUUAAAAAUUAUUUUAUUUCACAGUUUUUAGUGGAACGAGCUGUAUUUGUUUGAUGCCGUAAGGAAGUUUACUGUUCUUAUUGGUUAAUUCUAAUAACGAUAAUUAUUAACGAUAACAAGUUCCAUUGAUUUUUGCAAGUAGGAUGAUCAUCGCGGAAAUAUCUCCUAUUAGACGUGAAAGAUUUCAUCGCGAUCGGUACAUUCCGUGCAAAGUAACACUAAGGAAUAGGGUUCUAGCUAUAGCAAUAGUUAUUAACAAUAACAAAUUGCAUAAAUUUGUGCAAGUGGGUUCAUCGCGGAAAUAUCUCCUGUUAGAUGUGAAAGCUUUCAUCGCGAUCGGUACAUUCCUUCCAGAGAAAACGCAGGAAAAUAUAAAUGAGGUAUUACGUUUUUUGCAAUAAAAGUCGUUAGGAAUGAAAUAAUGCAAAAUUUCUUUUUUAUGGGACUAAUCA